UAAUUAAAUAUAUACAUGUGGUGGCACCAACCCAUUUUCACUCUGUUCGUUUCCUUAACAACACAAUCUUCUUCUUCUUCAUCCUCAAUUUACUUUCCUCCAUUGCGCUCUUCUCAAUCCAAUUCUCUCCCACCUUUCUACUUUUUUCCUUUUCUCUUCCUUUCAAGCUAAGCUAACGUCUUAAUUUCUUUAUUUCCAAAGGGUAUAUUUCUGUAGUAGAAAAUUCAAUGGAAUCUACAUGCUUUGGUUCUAAUGUGAAAGUCUCACUAAAGCAAAAAUGUAAAUCUACUACAGAAGAAGAAGAAGAAGAGAGAACAAUAUCUAGUGGUGAAAAUGGUUGCUUUGAUUGUAAUAUUUGCUUGGAAUCAGCAAAUGAUCUUGUGGUUACACUUUGUGGUCAUCUCUAUUGCUGGCCAUGUAUAUAUAAAUGGCUUAAUGUCCAAAACUCUUCCGUUGAACCAGAUAAGCAGCCUACAUGCCCUGUUUGUAAAGCUGUCAUCUCGCAUACUUCAUUAGUCCCUCUUUACGGUCGUGGAAAAUCAGAUUCAGAAACCGGGUCGAAUAAACUUCAGGUGGGUUUGGUUAUACCUCAUCGACCACCUCCGUACAACUUGAAUGCUAUGUUAACGUCUAAUCGGCCAUCAAAUUUGCAUCACGGGGAGCAGCAGCAGCUCCAUCCGAAUUAUUUCCAUACACAAUCACGGCCGAUCCAUUAUCAUCAGCAUUACAUCCCUCACCUUUAUGAAGGUUAUGGUGGCAAUGGAUUACCUUAUCAUGGUGGUGCUGCUAGUUUUGUGAAUACUGUGAUUGGUAUGUUUGGGGAUAUGGUGUUGACAAGGGUUUUUGGUGUGUCUGAUGCGAAUUUGGUUACUUACUCUCACAAUGGAAGUACCAGUCCUAGAAUGAGGAGGCAGGAGAUGCAGAUUGACAAGUCUCUAAACAGAGUUUCAAUCUUUCUUCUUUGCUGUUUCAUUUUGUGUCUUCUCUUGUUUUGAACAUGUUGUUGUAUUUCAGAUUGUAUAGGCCCUUAUCAUGUGCAGUCCUGAAUAUGGCUGUCCUUUGGGAUCUACUAUAGAUUGUGUGUUUAUAUAGAUAGUAAGUUUUAGUACAGUAUAUGAUGUGUAUCAUAUGUUGUUGAUCUGUUUCUCUUUGGAUAAUUAUCACACAUGCGUGUAACUAAAUCAAAGUUUAGGUUCCUGAUUUAAAGAAAAUGUCAUUCCAGACACACCCUAAAUUUCUAAAACAUUA